AUGCAGAUUCAAUCAAGAGUCAAUAUUCAAGAUACUACUAAAGAGUUUAGAAAAUUUAUUAUUGAUACUUCUAUUGAAAACAAACAGAGAGAGCAAGCUCUAAUUGAUUUAGAAACGUAUGAAAUAUUUUUAAACAAAUUAACCAUUAAAAAGAAUAAGAUUGCAAAUGAGGUUAAACAAGAUGACGAUAUUUCAAAUCUCGAUCAGUUAAUGGAAGUCGAUGAAAAAAUUGAAUAA